AUGUCUUUUAUAGACAGCUCUUCAUCACCGGAUGGAAUGCUACAGUUCUCUUGUGUAUCGGACAGCAGUAACCCAGCAGCUAGCGUCACAUGGUUGCUGAAUGGUGAAGAUAUCACUGCCGACUCCAGUCAAACAGAGGAAGCGGGUUCAAGAACAAACACGUUUACAGCAAAUAGCAUCCUCAGUCACACGUUCUCGCCGAUUGAUAACGACAGAGAACUGCAAUGCAAUGUCUUGAUCCAUGGCGACUUAGCGGUAGUGGAAUUAGCCGAGACCCUGUACCUGAAAGACACUGUGACCAUCAGCAGCAGCAGCAACCCUACUGGAAAUGAAGUCUUCUUACCAGAGACAGAGAAACUGACAUUAACGUGCAAUGCUGAUGGCUAUCCAGAACCAUCUUACACGUGGUUUCACGACAAACAGGGGAUACAAGCUGCAGGCGACGAGGUGGUGAUCGAGUUAGUCGAGUUUAAACACAGGAGAUUGUACGCGUGUAAAGCAACUAGUGUGUUUGGAGAAUACAUGUCGAGUAACAAGUUGAAUGUGACCGUGGUCGUGCCAGCAACGUACGUCCCCAUUGAAAUAGACGGCAAUGCUGUAGCAGACACAGAAAUAAUUCAUGUAGGACCGCAUGAAGCUAGCUGCACUUCAGACAAAAGCUUCCGGGGGAACAGUAACAUGGAAACUUGGUGA